AUGAAUGGCCAAUUAUGUGAAAUACUCCUUUCUGUAAGGAACUGGUUUCCCGAUGAAUUCGAAAAUAAUGGAGACUAUCAAAUUCAAGAUGCUCAUUUUUUCAGUGAAUAUUGUGAUAAUGAAAAAUGUGAGACGGACAUCGAUAAAAUUAAUGCUGGAUGUUUACGGUUGUUUGAUGAAUUCUUUGUGAAUUAUCAUUCGUUUCCGAAUAAUAAUAUCAAUAUUGUUGAAUACAUUACCAUAUGGUUAAGUUAUAUGUUAACCCUACACCCACAUGAAGAAAUCAACAAUCUAAGUGAAUUUUAUACUAAAUUUAUAGAAAAUGGCGAUGAUUAUAAAAAGGCUAUAACUGGUGUUACUGAUUAUAAGAGUUAUAAGGAUCUUAUAGAUAAAAAAAAUAUGAUGAAUAUGGAUAUUAAAGAUAUAUCUAAAUUUUAUGAUGCACUUAUAUUAUUAUGUAAAAUGUAUACUGAAUUUGAUACAGACAGUUCGAAUUGCAAAAACUGUUCGGAAAAAGGUGAUAAAUUUGUUAAAAAAUAUAAUGAACUUAAUGAAAAUCCUAGUAAUGCUGGAAGCAAUUCAUAUAAUCAACUAUUAUGUACUUUAUCAACUGAUUAUGAUAAUUUUAAAAAAUAUUAUGAUGAAAAAAAGGUUGAAUAUAAUGAUUUUCCAUCCCUUCCUGCGAUAGAUAAAACAAAAAUUCCUGCAAAUUGUUCUGAGCAAAGUUCUAAAGUUACAUCAUCAAGUUCGUCGAUAGCAAACAAAUUAAUUCCAGUUUUAUCGAUAUUAGUUGCAAUAGCAAUUUUUUUAGGAAUUUCUUAUAAGUAUUCAUUAUUUGACUUUCGGAAAAGGCUUCAAAGACUCAAUUUAAGAAUCAAACAAAUAAAGAGGAAAAUAAAUCAUUAA